AUGGUAUCUACAGCAACUGACUUGUUGAAAGCACAACAGGCAGAAAAUUCACUGAAUUUUGAGAAGAUAGAAGCGGAUUACCCUUUGAUGGAAGAUUUCGUAGACUGGAAAGGAAGGCCUGCUGUGAAAGGCAAGCAUGGCGGAGUCCGGGCAACACUCUUCGUAUACGUUGCGGAGGCUUUGGAGAACAUGGCAUUCCUGGGGAACGGAGUGAAUCUGGUGCAAUAUUUUCUGGGUGUCAUGCACUACGACGUGAAGGAUUCGUCAACCAUGCUUACAAAUUACAUGGGGACGGCCUUCUUACUUGCGUUGUUUGGAGCAUUUAUAUCAGAUUCAUUUAUUACCAGAUUCUACACCAACAUUAUUUUUGCCUUUGUAGAAGUCAUUGGUUACAUAUUGCUGACAGUGCAAGCUCACAAACCCUCUCUACACCCUCCUUUCUGCCCAAUAUUGGAUCCUACAGCUAAUUGCCCGCAUGUCGCUGGGAAAAAUAGUGUAAUUUUGUACAUGGGAUUGUACCUGGUUGCGCUUGGAACAGGUGGGUUGAAAGCUGCUCUUCCCACCAUGGGUGCAGAGCAAUUUGAUGAGACGGAUCCUGCAGAGAGCAAACAAAUCUCUCGCUUUUUCAACUGGUUCUUUUUCAGCAUUACUGUGGGAGCAAGUGUAGGAGUGACCUUCUUGGUGUGGGUUCAGACCAGUACCAACCCUAAAUUGGGAUGGGAUUGGGCUUUCGGCAUUUCUUUGGGAGCCUUCGUUCUUGUCGUUCUCACCUUGCUCUCUGGCAUGACCACAUACCGUAACCAAGUGCCUCGUGGCAGCCCUCUCACUAGCAUUGCUCAGGUUAUUGUUGCUGCAAUCCGAAACAGAAACCUUCCCCUUCCAACUGAGACAACAGAGUUUCUUGACAGAGCAGCCAUAGUGGAUGAGAGUGAAAUAAAAGAAGGAGCAAGACCAAGUCCAUGGCGGGUGUGCACUGUGACACAGGUGGAACAAGUGAAAAUCCUCGUUCGAAUGGUUCCCAUCUUUUGCAGCACGAUAAUGGUGACAACAUGCCUUGCUCAGUUGCAGACAUUCUCUGUGCACCAGGGAAUAACGAUGGACAACAAACUAGGAUCGAUCACUUUUUCUCCGGCCACACUUAGUAUCAUUCCCCUCAUCGUCUUGGUCAUUGUCACUCCACUCUACGACCUUGUUUUUGUUCCUUUUGCUCGUCGAAUAACAGGUCAUGAGCAGGGAAUAACAAUUCUCCAAAGAAUAGGAGUGGGUUUAUUUCUUGUCCCUGUAUCAAUGGCUAUAGCUGCCUUGGUGUAG